AUGUCUGGAAACUUCCCAACGAAAUCUGCUGGGAGUAACAGCAGUAUUGGUAAAAUUUCAACAAAUGAGAUAUUUCAAAAUAAAAAUUUAGAUUCUGGUAAUUUAAAGCUCCCAAUGCUAAAACUAACUGAUAAUAUUGGUAAAACGAUGAUCACUGCUGAAAUUGCAUCAACUACUAUCAAUUCACAAAACGUUUAUAUCUCUAAGGCACCGGCUGCUUUUACAAAUAGUAAAACUAAAGUCGAUUUGACAUUAAAGGAAUAUCAUAUCAAGAAUUUGAUUAGCAUAAACUCUAUUGAUCCAAUUUCACAAUUUCAAAUUAAUGAUUCAAACACUAAAAUGUUGAUUGUUGAUCUUUCAACAAGUAAUUCAUGCCACAUGCCAAAUUAUAUGGUUCAAAAUAAUGACAACAUUGAAUUGAUACAUUUGCCAUUACCUAGUACUUUGGUGAAAAGACCUAAUUUCGAUUUCCUAAAGCUUGCUAAAACUGCAAUUACUAAUGAUAAUAAAUUGAAUAAUUUAACUGAAUUGAUUCAAAACUGUUCAGUAUUUAUAUUUUUCGAUGGUGCCAGCAAUUAUAAAAAAUGCUCGCUUUCAACUUACUGGUUUAUAACGAAAUUUAACAGUUACAAAAACAUAGCUGAUACUGAUAGGAUUUAUUUAUUGGAUGGAUGUAGCGCCAAGUCAUCGUGCAAUAUACCCAGUUUAUAUAAUGAAAAACCAAAGAAAUCGAAAUUUAAUUUGACCAUUGAAAUUCCUUCGGCAGCAACUACUGAUGAUAAAAAUUCGAUGUUUAUCAAAUCAAUAAAGAAAGAUUAUGUCCAUUACUCCCCAACGUCCCUCAAGAAGUACUUUGAUUUUGAUGUACCGAAAGGUCUUUUGGGUCAUGAAGAUUACCUUCCAACUUGGUUAAGAGGUUAUGUGAUACAAACAGAUGAAGAAAAGGAGGCAGUUUUAAGACAACUCCUAUCUAAAUUCGAAUUACUUGAAAAACUGGAGAAUGAUAGACUAGAAAAAUCAAUCAAUGUAUCAACACUUCGUGAAGCAUCCAAAACUCAAGAAGAUAGAAGGACAAGGCAAAAUGUAUAUAGUCUAGCAGAAUUGCAAAAACAAUAUAAGAAAAAGAAAACAAUGGAUUCGAAAAAUACAUCAUUGAUAUUUAAUAGUGAUUUUAAGGUUGUUUCAAAUCUGACCUCCCAUUUUAGGGAGAAUCAAUUAUUCACAAUAGCUCCACCUAAUCCUCUAUGUCAUAACCAAAAAUGCGCCUCCUCAGCUUCCACAACUCCAGAUAGCGAUAACCUUGUGACACCUUUAGAUUUUUAUGAAAUAUCUCAGGGAGUUCAGUCAUUCAUGAAGAAUAGAUAUUCAAAUAUUUUACCAUAUGAACAUUCAAGAGUGAAAUUACAACCUUCACCUACAACAGUAGAUGACACUGGGAUUUCUUUACCACCGAUAAGUAAGGCUGGAAUACCUAAAACUACCGUUAAAAGAAAUUCCUCAUACUUUGCUGAUGAUGACAGCUAUGUUAAUGAUACAAAAUUGUUGAAUACAGGAAUUUUCAAUGAUUACUUCAAUGCUAACUAUCUAAAACUAUCACAAUUAAAUUCUGAUUUUGUAUACAUCGCUACUCAAGCCCCACUACCUUCCACCAUGGAUGACUUUUGGAAAGUGGUAAUAUCUAAUAAUGUUUCAGUAAUUGUUUCAUUAAUCUCUGAUGAUGAAUUAAAUAUGAGAAAGUGGGAUAUUUAUUGGAAUAAUAAUUCGAUGAAGAAACAUGAUAUCACAAUAGAAAAAACAAUUCCAAAUAUAUUUGGUAUUGAUGGUUGUGUAUUGAGGAUAUUUAAGGUUCGGAAACAACAAGAUGAGGACGAAACUUCUAAGGCUUUAUUAGAGGAUGGAAAAAUUGUAUACCAAAUUCAAUAUACUAAAUGGUUAGAUUCGUGUGGUGUUAAUAUGGAAGAUAUUAUUAAACUGUAUGAAUUAAAAAAUAUGAUAGUAAGGAAUAGAUCAAGCUUGCUGGAUAACCCAAAUCUAGAAAAUAUAACCGCAGAUAAUAUUUUAAAACAAGAUAAGUUACUAAGAGGGAACGAAUAUUCAUAUGAAUCCCAUCCGCUGCUGGUGCAUUGUUCAGCUGGAUGUGGUAGAACCGGUGUGUUCAUCACCUUAGACUUCUUGAUGAACGUCUUCACAAAAGAAAUGAACGCCAAUAAUAAAAUCGAUGUAUGGCAAAUGGAAGAAGAUCUUAUUUUCGUUGUUGUCAAUGAAUUGAGAAAACAACGAUUAUCUAUGGUACAGAAUUUGACACAAUAUAUUACCUGUUAUGAAGCACUACUCCAAUAUUUUGCAUUAUCAAAGAAUAAGGAAAAACUUAUAGAUUGA